GCGUCGAAAAGUCUCUUUGCACUUAUAUGGCCAAGCUACGCACUUAUGAGUUAACGCUGAAAAAUCGGAACCGUUGCCUCGACUCUCUUUCCCGCUAUACCGGGAAUGUUCUCUUCGAGAUGGCCUCGCCGCGUCAAUUGCACAAUCAAUUUUCCUCCGAGGAACGUGGAGCACGGUCGACUGGCUGACAUCAUUAAAUUACGUGUCAGUGUGUUCAUACCGAAGCAACACGUGAAACACGGUACCUCCGUCACCGUUGGCGCCUCCGCCGUCCGCCGUUCGCCACCCCCCUGUGGGUGCGAGUCGAGCCACCCCUUCACCUCGUCCCCGGAUCCAGUGGAAUGUACUUAAACGACAGGAAGGUGCACGCGUCGAUUGGUCGGGCGAACCCGGGUCGAUGGUGAGAGGGGGCGCCGGGUCUUUCGCGAGGCUCGUAGUGCCGCUCUGACCACCGUCGCGGCCGGGUUUACUCGUCGUCUCCCUUAACUUGGUAAGAUCGUCGCGAUCGCUCGUAGGAAAAAAAAAUCCAUCGACACACGUGACAACCACCACCGAUUCCGGGAUCAUCGAUCUCGCGAUCCCGGGAGGGCGAGCUUCGGCUAAAUCCCAGGUGCGCGAAACGAUCGCGCGGAACGAUCGCGAUCGCGGAGGAGCGAUGUGUAGUUAAGGGUGCCUGCUAUACGUAGGUGCAACGGGGAGAUCGCGGGGUCGUUACACCGAGGGAACCGACCGAACACCACCGCGGAGCGUGUGCGUGUGCAAAGCAGCGAGGGAUCGGCGAGGAGCGGCAGAGGCAGUGGUGGUAUAGACUAUAGUACAUCCGCGGGUGGUGUGCCAGAGCGAGUGGAUCGCAGUCGGACCGUGAAUGCGGCCGCGUUAACAAACCCCCGGGGAUCAACAUCGCCUCGCGGCCGACAAUUCUACGGUAUAAGAAAUGAGAAGGCAGUCGUACUGCCCGAGCACGAGCGGCGGAAACGGCGCCGGCGAGCCGCUGAUCGUCGUCGAAGAAAGCACGCUGGGCGAGGAGGAAGGGGCGUGCUGCCGCGCGGAAUCGCCGCCGCGAUGCGUCGACCCGGACUCGCCAUCCUUGAAUCCCUAUCUGCUCUCGCCGUGGAGGGACGCCAGGAAACACUCCUUGCCGACGCCACAGUGUACAUCCGGGAUAACCGCAUCCCAGGUGCGACGGUUGAGCGAACGCGGUGGAGAAGGUUCCGGUCCAUCGGCGAGGGAGGCUGCUUUCCUGGCGACGCUCUCGCAGACGCCGGCACCGCAGUCCGGCGGCCGACGGCACUCGGUCGUCACGAUCUCCAGGGUGCCGACCACCCUGUUCGGGCGCAAUCGACGAGAAUCCAUCGCCGCGUUUCCCAUGGGAGGCGCUACCAGGAUAUUGCAAAGCCGGCGGGAAUCGUCCACCGGGAUAAGCGGCCCGCCCAGCAACAGCGGGAGCACUCACAAUCUGCAGCUCGACAUUAUGGACGACAUCGCCGAGAUCAAGGCCAGAAAGGUCCGUUUAAAGAUGUACAAGACGCCGUCUCGCGAGCGCGUAUGCGAGAUUCAGCCACUGGACGGAAAUGGCAGCUCGACCACGCAGAAAUACAUACAGCAUCAGAAACGCCGGUUCUCCGAGUUCUCGGCGUCGGUUGCGGCGUCCACGUCGGGUUUACGUAGACGCGCGUCCGAGAUGAUGAGGCCGCUCUCCGACGGCACGACGACGGCGGCGGGUAUCACGUGCUCCAACACGGAUCUGAUAUCCAUCCUGAGCUCCCUGACGUCGUCCGCGACGGAGAUAAACAUGUGCGGCACGUCGGACGCGUCGGGCACGAAGGACGAUCAGAAAUCGAGCUGGUCCUCCAAAACGGCGGAGCAGAGGCGCAGCCGGCUCAAGAGCUCUCGGUCCAACAGCUUCGACGUCUCCAUCCUGCACAGCACCAAGAGCGUCAAGACGCCAACCAGCAGUGGCAAGAGCGCCAUUGGCACGAUCGUCACGCCGAGCACCUGGUUCGCCAAAAGACAUCAGCCGAUGUCGAAGAAGAACCGGUAUGACGAGGAGAACCCGAUGACGUUCAAGCUUGACAAGUUGCGGGUGGUCAAGACUGUCAAAGAUACGCUCGCGAAGAACGUCAACGCCAGGCACAAGGUUCUCUGGGACGACAGCAGUGGUACCAAGGUGGACGCUCAGGUGCUUGGUAGUGCCAUCGAGAAGAUCCUCACCUCGGGCCACCGAGGAAGCGACGCGGAAACGUCGGGCAGCUCAUCCGGAAAGCCGGCCGUGUCGCCGAACAAGUCGCGCGCCAGCAAGGUCGCCAGUUGGUUCACGAGCGGGAACAAGGAGCCGGAGCAACCGGACUGCGAAUCGAUCUGCUCCACCCUCAAGGACCUCUUCGUCAAGUAGUGCACCACCGCCGGGCCGUCUCUCGCGAUUACGACAAUUCAUAUGUUUCGUUUGUAAACAAGAUCUACAGGAUUGACAGAGUUAUUUGCUGUGCGCACUGCCGCUAUUUAUUUAUUUUUCUCUUUCCGCCGAAUGAGUUCUACAUCCCAUGAGCUAACUCCCACGAUCUGUUGGAAUGGUUCUCUUGUUUAUCCUCUUGAAGUGAGAAGGAUUCAAAGAGAGAGAAGGAUCGGGAGAGAGAGAGAGAGAGAGAGAGAGAGAGAGAGAGAGAGAGAGAAAGAUCAAAGCUGCGGAAGAUUACAUAGGUUUGAUCGAAAAGAUGUUACUACGUUUCUUUUCUUUUUUUACAUAUUUCUUCGCACGGUAAAAUAAUUCAACUCAUUCUCGCGCGCAUAUCUAUCUCCUAUAAAGCAUAUGUUUAGAUACCUGCAAUCUCUUCUCACGAUUCGGAGUUUACUUAAUCCUGUCCCCGAAGAUCAGCAAUUAACCCGUAUAAGGUGCUUACCGAAUUUGUGAGAUUUCUGUCGACACGAAAUUUGUUUGCGAUCUUGAUCGACACGAUAUUUCGCUUAACGAGUAAAUAGAAAUUAACGUUUGGUGCAUAACAUUUAUCGAUAAUAAAUAUUCACGAUUUUAAUUUUUUGUGGGAAUUGAUAUUAGUAAAUAUGGCAAUUUACGAAGCUGAAGGCCUUUGCCGAUACUUUCGCGCAAUAUUUAAACACUGAGUUCGAUAUUUUCACGGACUAUUUUCGCUCUUACCCGCCGGAUUUCAUCCCGAUUAUACGCAGCAUCUUUUGAUUCUUUUGUGGCUGAUUGCACUCAUAAUCGCCGCGAGAUGACAGAUAACGCGAUAUAUCAUCCUUGUCCACUCCCUGAACGAAAACACAGUUACGCACACAACAACUCGAUAUAUUAUACAAUAUACACAAUAUGCGCCAUAUAAUUUCUAUUGAUAGUGCAAAUAUCGAGGAAAUCGAUUACAGAAGUAUUUUCAUAAGGGACAAUUAUUUUUAGUAACAUGUCACUUUUUUAAGUUGUCGCGAGCAGAUAAUGUUAAUUACGUUGGCGCAAAAAAAUAUAUUAGGAUAAAAUUAUAACAUAUAUAUAAGAGAGAACAUUCUGCGUGGCAUUUCUCGUAUAUUGACGCAGAUAACACGUGGAUAAUCAUAAACGUUAAUGUAUCCUUUGCGGGCCAAAGGAGAUGCACACGUUAUAAUUAUAUAUAAUAUAUUCUGAAAGAAGAGCACACAGAAGGUGGCGGCUGGUCCGGUUAAUUACGCGUAACUUUAUCUGUCGUCCUUUUUCCUGUUUCAAUGGUCGGACUUCUAUCCGUUUUCCUGCUCCUUUUCGGUCGACGUUCCUCGACAUCGUUUCGACCGCACAAACCGCCACUGAUAUAGAAUACAGAUACAUGAUAUAGAUAUAUGGAUGGACGUAGAGAUAUAUAUGUAUAAAAAAAUCGUCAUGUACAUUUAAUAACUAUGUACAGCAACGGUAUGCACGAGGUGUAUACACGUUGCUGUGGGUAUAUGUGUGCGUGUGUGUAUGUAUAAUGUACGUUUCGAGCAGAAGAGAUAUAAAAGAUAUAUUCAUGUUGCAGCCAGCCUCCCGGAAAUUUUAUCUUUCAAAGGUAUAGAAUAUACGCGACUGCGUUGAGUAAAACGCAAAUUAAUUAAACAUCUGACGAAGCCGCAAAUGAAAGCUUAUGAAUGAGACUAAUAAGUAGGACGAUAUAGCCCGCAAAUGUAUUUUCCUUCGGUCGGUUUUAGGUACUCCUCGAUCGUGUUUGCGCUUGGUAAUUUGUUCCUUAAAUUUUGCAAGGUAAUGAAGAAGACACACAUUAUAUGCUCCUCCUAUAUUCGAAGUUAUGUCGAAUUAUAUUUUCUCAAGAGACUCUCCAAUUUCUGUUCCUGGAGCGUCUGACGAUAAUUAAACAAGAGCGUACUAAAUACAAUUUUCCUUAAUGAUUAAGUAUUAAGUUAGUAUCUCUUUGGUGUGCAAUCAGGAAUAGUUUUAUUAAUUCGGAGGCAAUCAUCGUUCCGCUGCGGUGUGAUUGGAAUGACAUGGUUCGUAAUCUUCAUGCUGCUUUAUUAAGAAAAAUUCGAAACAAAAUGUUCAAUUUAUAUUAAAUCGAUAGCUUCAGAACGUAGUAAGUGUGAACUUUAUGUGCUGUCGAUUUAGAGAUAAACUACAGCCGUAAAACAUUUUUUCGAAAAUUUACGAUGAAAUAUGUCUAAACGAAACGGCGUGACUUAUAGAUUACGCAUUAUUUCGAUACAUACUUACACGUCUCUUGAUAUAUCAAUGUUAAAAAAAAAAAGAUGUUCCAAAGAUAAUAAUCGUUGUUAUUGAGAGUUUUGAAAUCUAUACGGAAUUGAUUGCGUAAUGUGAUUACCCCGAUCUGUAUGAACUUUAGAACUUAUUUAUGAAAAUCAUACGAUGUGAGUAGAGAGUAAAUACUUAAAUGUUCUUCGAUUGGUAAUCAGAGUCUAUAUAAAUCCGCGUGAAUCUCUAGCUCCGCGUGAGCCUCCCUUUACAUCACGUAAACAUUAAUUAGACGAGGAGAAGCAGCACAAAUAAAUACAAAACGAAGACGGAAGUACAAAUAUUAAACGAACGACUAAAAGACCAAAAGCGUGUUAUUUUAUUUUACUGGAAUCGAGUGACAACUCGAAUAAGUAGGUAAUUUCUGAAGCAGAUAGCAAGUUGUCUUUCUCUGAGUACCGUAAUCCCUAAUCCUUAAUAUCUUAAACGAUUCUAAAAUUAAUUAUUAGGGGGAUUAAAAGAAAGAGAAAAAAAUAAGUUACUUGUUAUUUGCGUCAGACUAUUAUACACAUGUAUUUAUGACUCUUCAACCCCUCGAUAAGAAUUCGUAUCGAUUUUUUAUUUACAUAGAUGGUGAAUGAAUUUUAUUAAUUUAGUAACGGUAACAACAUGAAAAGAAAUUAUAAAAUUAGUUGGCAAGUUAUCUUCGUUAUAAUUCUUAUGUUAUGUUAAAAAAAGAAUUGUGGAGGGAUAAAAUCCGCUUACAUAUUUAGAUUAGCGCACCUCCUGUACGUAUGUCACAAUCGAAAAAGUGUCCUAAUACAAAGUUGUAAAUAGUAUUGGUGCUGUAUGUUCUAUCAAUGUUCUCGCAGCAGAUUGAUAAAACAUGAAUAUGAAAAAAAGGUAAAAUAUACGUUGAUCGUAAAUGUUGCAAAGAAUGUGUUAUUUAUAUAUCGAUUUUUCAACCUGGAUCUAUUGUCUAGAUAUUGAAAUAUAAGAUAGGAAAGGAUUAGAUGCAAUGUCCAUCUGGAUAUUAUCUUCAGGAAAAUAUUUAUUUUGAAAAUUAAAGGGAUAUAUAUAUAGAAUAUAGUUUACUUAAUAGAGCCGUACAAAAUUACAAUGUAUGUAGCGCGAAUAACGUACAACUUAUUUUUCUUUCUGAAAACAAUUUUAUUUUUAAGAAAUCGAAACUGUUCAGACUGUUGCAACUACAUUUUUCAACUUGGUGUUGUAUUACAGUAAAAUGGUAUCGCUUUCAGGCAUUGCCCGCGUUACGAUAGGUAAACGGGAUGUUUGUUUUUUUUUCCGGCAGAGAAGAGGAAUGGUAUAUAUAUAUAUUUAUA